AUGGCGUUAAAGACCAAUGGGAAGCCUGGAAAUGGACCAAUGACCAUGCAGAUCCAAAAUGGACCAAUCCUGGACUUGAAGGCAGCUAUAAAUGGGGGUAGUUUGGUUGGUUCGAGGCGGAACCUGCGCGUCGACGAGGUCUCUGCCAGCAGGACGCUGAGUAUUUCUGUUUUCACCCAAGAGGCGUUUUCUGGUGCAGACUUGAGCAGCGCUGCUCAAGCCAUGGAGGGAGUGUGUGCUGCAGCUUUCACGGCGUUCUCCGUGGCUUAUUCUGGGUACUUUUUCACCCACCUGGCACGUCACAUCACCCGUGCCUGGAGAGAAUCUGGUCUUUGGAGCAGAAGGGCAGCGUCAGCACCUGCUCUGGCUGACACAGUACCUGAGGAAGAGGCUGAAGAGGAGGAAGGUGCUGAUGAAGCUGCCCCUGCUGUCAGCCCUGGGCCAGAGCAAACAACAUCAAGCUCCACCUCCUGUGUCCUGGCACCUGCACGAGCUGCAGCGGAAGGCUCUGAAGGAGCCUCCAGUCCCCAGGCUGGCAAGUCAAGCAGGAGCAGCUCGUGCAUCUGGAGCACGACCAGCUCCUCUGGCAGCAGAGAGCGGCUGGGAGAGGGGACAGAGGACGAGUGCCUGGCCACGCUGAAGAUGCUGGUGAGCCAGGGAGAUCCCGAGGCUGAAUACACGGAACUGGAAACAAUUGGCAAAGGGGGUUUUGGCACGGUGUGCAUGGCAGUGGAGACUGCCACAGGAGAAGAGGUGGCCAUAAAGAAAAUUAGUCUCGCGCAAGAGAGCGGCAGCGAGCUGUGCCUGAAUGAAAUCCAGGUGAUGCGUGGCAAUAAGCAUGCCAACCUUGUGAACUAUCUAGACAGCUACCUGGUGGACGAGGAACUCUGGCUCGUGAUGGAAUACAUGGAUGGAGGCUCCUUACACGAUGUCAUCAGGGAGACUCGUAUGGCAGAAGGAGAGAUAGCCGCUGUCUCUCGGGAGUGCCUGCAAGGCCUGGAUUUCCUUCACUCCAAGCAAGUGAUCCACCGAGACAUCAAAAGCCACAACAUUCUCCUGGGUCUGGACGGAUCUGUCAAGUUGGCUGAUUUUGGCCUCGCUGCUCAGCUCACCGCUGAGCAGAGCAAACGGAGAUCAGCUGUUGGGACCACUUACUGGAUGGCGCCAGAAAUCUUCACCAGGAAGCUCUAUGGCCCCAAAGUGGACAUCUGGUCCUUUGGCAUUGUGGGCAUCGAGAUGGUGGAAGGAGCGCCUCCUUACCGGAUGAAAACCUCCCGCACGGUUCAACAGCUGAUCAGCAGCGGGGGCAGGCCAAAGCUGCAGAAGCCCAGGCAACAGUCCACGUGGUUGCGAGACUUCCUGCACUGCUGCCUGGAGAGGGAGGAGGACAGGCGCUGGUCUGCCCAGGAGCUCCUGCAGCAUCCAUUUGUAACAUCAGCCAAGCCGACCUCUGACCUGACGCCUCUGAUCGUGGCAACGCAGCAGUUUAUGGCCGACAGGAGAUACUAG